UGCUGUCAGUGGCCCUUAUAAACCCAACAAAGAAAGAAAGAAAGAAGUCUGAAACUGAAUAGGAUUCACCUGGCAGUUAUUUUUCUGGUUUAUUACGGCUUUUGGUGUCAUUUUUGAGGGAAGGAGAUGGAGACAUCAUCCAAGAAUAAGUCUGAAGAAGCCACAGGUGUAUCGUGCUCUGGCCUAAAGAGAAAGAAAUCUUCGAAGCUUGCCUACUUUGAAUCAUCAGACAAAUUUGACACGCGCUUCAAAUGCAAGACUGAUAGACAUUUAAGACCCCAAAACAGUAUGAAAAUUGGACAGCCUAUGGGCGUUGAUGUGUGUGAUGAUGCAAACACCUACAUUGAUGAUGACUUGAUUGAGGUGAAAGAUGAACCAAUAAAGAUGGAAGAUUGUGUGGAUAGUGGUGACUAUGAUAAGAUAUGCAAUGACAGUGAGGACAGGAAAGAUGUAGUGACUAACUUGCAUCACCUUGACGACGCCUCAACAGAUAUUUCCAGGGAAGCGACCAAUUACAGCCAGGAUAUUGAUGCGAACGAUGACUCGGGCAGCUUCACUGGGGUCAAAGAUGAACCAAUAGAGAUGGAAGAGCAGGUGGAUAACAGUAAUGAUAAUAUGCAUGAUGACGGCAGUAAUAAAAAAAUCGUUCCUAACUUGCUGCGCAUUGAUGCUAAAACAACAGACAUGCCUGAGGAUACUACCAAUUACAGCCAGUUAAACACAGACGUGUUUUGUGGAUCAAAGGCUCAAAGACAUAGGGAUUAUAUCGUGCCUGAGAUAUGUGAUGAAAGUGACCCUAAUGAGGAAGUAGAUUCUGGGGAUGAAUAUGAGCCACAGUCACAUUCUUCAUCUUCCAGUGAAGAAGAACAUGAAGAAUUGCCUAAGGAAAGUCAGCGAGUUAGUGUAAAACAAAAAAAUAUCCGAAAACAAGUACAAGAACAAGAACUCAUAGCAAAGUACAAAAGUGGCGUAUGUGUGGCCGAACUCGCCAGGAUGUAUGGGACGUCCGCAUCAACAAUCAGUUCCAUCCUAGUGAAGAAAAAAGAAAUCAAGGAAGCUGAUGUUGCAAAAGGGGUAAAUGUGCUAACGAAACAGAGAUUGCAAACAAUCGAACAUUUUGAGAUGAUGUUGUGGGUGUGGAUUGACAAAAAACAGUUAGCGGGAGAUAGUGUUUCGGAGGCAAUAAUUUGUGAGAAGGCAAGGGAGUUGCAUGCGAAUCUUGAAAGGAAAAUGCCUGGAACGAGUGCUGCUGUUAGUGAAUUUAAGGCCAGCAGAGGCUGGUUCGACAGAUUCAAGAAGCGAACUGGCAUACACUAUGUGGAAAGGCAUGGCAAGACUGCAAGUUUGGACAAACGUGGGGCCGAAGAAUUUGUUGAUGGAUUCAAGGAGUACGUAAAGGCUGAAGGAUUCCUCCCCAAACAAGUCUUCAAUUGUGAUGAAACAGGCCUCUUUUGGAAGAAAAUGCCAAAGAGAACCUACAUCACACAGGAGGAAAAGGCACUGCAAGGACACAAGCCUAUGAAGGAUAGGCUAACACUUUUGCUUUGUGGUAACGCUAGUGGGGAUUUCAAAGUAAAGCCUUUACUGGUGUAUCACUCUGAAAAUCCCCAAGUGUUCAAGAAAAAUAAUAUCAUCAGGAGUAAACUGAGUGUGAUGUGGAAGGCUAACAGUAAGGCAUGGGUCACAAAGCAAAUUUUCAUUGAGUGGGUCAAUGAAGUGUUUGGCCCGAGUGUGAAGAAAUACCUCCUUAAAAAUCAGUUGCCACUGAAGUGCCUUCUGCUAAUGGACAGUGCUCCUGCUCAUCCUCCAGGCUUGGAAGAUCAUUUGUUGGAGGAGUUUAGUUUCAUUACAGUGAAGUUCUUUCCCCCUAAUACCACUCCUCUCAUCCAGCCCAUGGACCAGCAGGUCAUUUCAAACUUCAAAAAACUCUACACCAAAGCACUGUUUCAAAGGUGCUUUAAUGUGACCUUCGACACUGAAUUAACCUUAAGAGAGUUCUGGAGGAAUCACUUCAGUAUCCUUCAUUGCAUAAGCCUUAUAGAUAAGGCUUGGCAGGGAGUGACUUCCAGGACAAUGAACUGUGCUUGGAGAAAAUUGUGGCCAGAAUGUGUCCUCAAGAAAGUUUUUGGAGGGUUUGAGGCUGAUGCAUACAACCCUACACCUGUUGUGGAAUCUAUUGUGUCUUUGGGAGAGUCCAUGGGGUUGGAUGUGAAUGGCCAGGAUGUGGAAGAGUUGGUGGACGACCACAGGGAAGAGCUAACCACUGAUGAGCUCCAAGACCUUCAACUGGAGCUGCAACAGAUCAUAGCUGAGGAAAUUGCUUCAGAGGAGAAAGAGAGAGGGGAGAUUGUGCCUUCUUCAGUGAUUAAGGACAUGUGUGCAAAGUGGAAUAGAGUGCAAAAUUUUGUGGAGAAGCACCUCCUUGACAAAGCUGUGGCAGGCCGUGCCUGCAACAUGGUCAAUGAUAAAGUCAUGUCCCAUUUUAGGCAGAUCUUAAUGAGACGUCAGAAACAGACCUCUCUGGACAGAUUUUUUGUGCGACAGGGGUCCAGUGACUCUCAAGCUGGUCCUAGUGCCAGUAAAAGACAAAGACGGGAAGUAACCCCAGAUAGGGCCUAGAUACCUGAAUUCCUUAUGGGCGGGAAUUCCUCUUCCAAAAACUAACCUCUCUUCCUCCCUCUCCCCUCCUCACUCUUUUCCAUACACCAACAAGAGUCUUCAAUAAAGGUAAAAGUGAUGUUAAAUGCACAUUUAUCCAUUUCAUAAGUCAUUUAUAUUUAUUUUUCAUUGUUUUCUGUAUGUAAAACUAUAGUAAUUCCUUAUAAAAUGUAUUUUUUGUUAAUAUUUUUGGGUGUCUGGAAUGGAUUAAUUGGAUGUACAUUAUUUAAAAUUUGAAAUAUUGUUUCAAUUUUCAUACGAUUCGGCUUUUGUCAGACUUUUUUGAAUGAAUUAACCACGAAAACUGAGGUUUCAAUGUGUAUAUGUGUAUGUGUAGACUUUAUUUGAAGACAAAAUACAUUGACAAAAAUACAAUAGGGAGUAGAUAGAUAACAUUUCAAAUACUUCAUGCAGCUCCUCAGCGGUGGGUUGUGUGCCCAGAAUGCCGCAGGCAUAUCAGGAAAAUAAAAUCUCAAGAAGAUAAUUUUUCUUUUCAUUGAAUGUGCGAGAUAAUGUACAUCUAGUAUAUACAAAUUUUAGGUAAUUAAAAGUCACUACAGCAGAGCUACACAUUGUGUAGACAAGAAGAGAAGAGAUGAUAUCUGACUCUCAGCAUUCUUUCAUGGUAAAGUUUUGCAGAUCACCCUGAAUACAGGGUCCCACUCCUCAUACUUGUACUCUAAAUUGUACUUUAGGAACAGCUGAAAAGUCAGAAUUUGAACAAGUAUAUAUCUAUAUAACUAAAGCAGUGUUUUAGAUUCUCAGGUUAAAGUGUUGAGGAAGGAGGUUCUACUUCUGCAAGAGGAGAAUCGAAGACUGAAACUUCACCUUGAUUGGUUUGGGACCAAGUGUGAGAUGGUUGAAUCUAGUAAGGAGGAAAAGGUUACCAGCAGUGAGUUGGAGAGUGGCAGCCACUUUAAAUGGCAAGUGGUUCAUACUUCUGGAAAAAGCAUUAAGAUAAGGAAAAUUAAUAGAGAAGAUUUGAAGGUACAAAAUCGAUUCACUAUUCUCCAAGACGAGUGCACUUCAGUCGUUAGUGAGGUUUAAGAUACUGACUCUCCUGCUAUUCAAGGUAAAAAUAUUCUGGGAGUGCGAGUAUCAUGCACCCAGGUGAUAAAGACCUGUUAACUUGGCCAUAAUGGUACUUGGAGUGAAAAUAAACACAGCAGUACUCUUUAAA